AUGUUGUUGCCCAAGGGUGGUGUUAAUUGGAAGUCCGCGAAGGCCAGAUUGCCGCCAUGGAGGGCAAUCGUCGUCUUAUUAACGCGAACUCGCUUUCUGGUCUCGAUAGCCUUGACCGGAUUGCUGAUCCUCAUGUGGCGCGGCGUGAGCAGGUCUGCGUCGGAGAUGCAAAACUUCUACUGUUAUGGCUCAUCAAAGUCACCCAUGGAGAUGUCCCUCAACGAGAUGGUUGAGUGGAAUGCGCACGCCCAAACCCCCGUUCUCUUCAACCGCCACGAACCCUACGAAGUCAACAACACCUCCAUCGCCGAAGUCGACCUGAACCCCAUCAAGUCGACCACCCAAGCAGCGCUCAACCAUGAGCGUGUCCUCAUCCUGACUCCUCUCCGCGACGCCGCCCCUUACCUGGCCAAGUACUUUGACCUCCUGUACAAGCUGACCUACCCCCAUGAAUUGAUCGAUCUUGCUUUCCUCGUCGGAGACUGCAAAGAUGACACCCUGGCCAACCUCGCCUCCGAACUCGAUCGUAUCCAGAACCACGCCGAUGAGAAGAUUCGCUUCCGCAGUGCUACUGUGAUCAAGAAGGAUUUCGGUGCCGAUGUUGAGAUGAGUGUAGCCGAGCGUCAUUCAUUUGCUGCUCAGGGACCGCGACGCAAGGCCAUUGGCCGUGCUCGUAAUUACCUCCUUUACUCCGCUCUCAAGCCCGAUCACUCCUGGGUGUACUGGCGUGAUGUGGAUAUCACCGACUGCCCAGAGCGCAUUCUGGAGGACUUCAUGGCCCACGAUAAGGACAUCCUUGUGCCGAAUAUUUGGUUCCACCGCUAUAGGGAUGGCCGUGAUAUCGAGGGUCGCUUCGACUACAACUCCUGGAUCGAAUCUGACCGUGGUCGCCGCCUGCGUGCGACUCUGCCUACCGACACCGUUCUGGCCGAAGGCUACAAGGAGUACGACACCGGUCGUACCUACUUGGUUAGCAUGGGUGACUGGCGCAAGAACAAGGACGAGGAGGUGGAGCUUGACGGCAUUGGCGGCGUCAACAUCCUCGUCAAGGCCGAUGUCCACCGCUCAGGUAUCAACUUCCCCGCAUACGCAUUCGAGAACCAAGCAGAGACCGAAGGUUUCGCCCGCAUGGCCAAGCGUGCCGGCUACCAAGUGAUCGGACUGCCCAACUACGUGGUCUGGCACAUUGACACCGACGAGAAGCCCGGCAACCUUGGAGAGCGCAAAGCGUUUUAG